CGAUCAGGACAGUCAGAGGAUUGCUGCUCUCUGUGGGUUUCUGUUAUUUUCUCUAUGGCUGCUGCUGAAACAGACUCCAAAGCUCCUUUCUCUCUGGACUCCUACCAUGUCUCUGAGGAGCUCGGCUUCAUCCUCCCUGAGCCUCUGAAAGAACUUCCACCUUACUACCAGCCAUGGAUGGAUAUUGCCCUGCAAGUCCCAGAGCUCGUGCACUCUCACGUGCUGCGCUCCCGUAUUAACAAGAUGCCGAUGCUGAGCAGCGACUUUCUGCAGAAACACCUGGAGUUACGGCUGGCCCACCUGGCCCUCAGUGUGAUGACCAUGGGCUAUGUUUGGCAGGAGGGAGAGAAUGACACAGUUGAGAUACUGCCAUGUAACCUGGCUGUUCCAUACUGGGAAGUGUCACAGCGCUUAGGACUUCCCCCAAUUCUCACCCAUGCUGAUGGAGUAUUGGCUAACUGGAAGAAGAAGGACCCUGAGGGGCCUUUUGACAUGGAGAACCUGGAGCUGCUGAUCAGCCUCCCAGGUGGAGACAGUGUCCGGGGUUUCUUCAUGGUCACUCUGCUGGUGGAGCUAGCGGCAGUUCCUGCACUGAGGAGAAUUCCCACUGUGAUCAAUGGUGUCAGGUGUGGUGACACUGAGAAUGUGGCCAGAGCCCUGGAGGAUAUCAGCCAGUCUCUACAAGACAUGACAGAUGCACUCAAACUGAUGCAUGUGUACGUGGAGCCUUCAGUCUUCUACGGCAUCAUGAGGAUCUAUCUAUCUGGGUGGAAAGACAACCCCAGUAUGCCAAAGGGUUUGGUUUAUGAAGGGGUCCAGACGGAAGCAAUGGAGUAUUCAGGAGGGAGUGCUGCACAGAGCAGCUUGCUGCACUGCUUUGAUGAACUUCUGGGAGUUAAACAUGAAGGAAAAAGUGGUGCCUUUCUAACCCGCAUGAGGAACUACAUGCCACCUGCUCACAAGCGGCUGAUCCAGGACAUCUCGUUGCAACCCUCCUUGAGGAGUUUUGUCCAGAAGCAGGCCAGCGAGCGGCUAAACCAGGCUUUUCAUCUGUGUGUCACAAAACUGUUGGCUUUUCGCAGCUACCACAUCAAUGUUGUCAGCCGCUUCAUAACUGUACCUGCUGCCCGUGCCCGACAACUCCGUAAACAGAGCCAGGAUCACGAACGGGAGAUAAUCAGCAAAGCACCCACAGCACUGGAGGAGAGGGGUACCGGCGGCUCUGGUAUCACGACCUUCCUGAAAACUGUGAGGGACCAAACAAAAGAUGCCCUCCUGCCUGAGACAAGGAAAGAAGUGGAUGAUGUGAACUGUCAUCACUGAGGGCACACAGCAGAGUGUCAACUAAUUCAAAUAAAAAAGGCAGUAAAACAACUCUGAUUACUUAGCACACUAUUUUAUAUGUCAUUAAAGGAUACCUUUUGGCAGAAAGAGAGAGAGGGGCCUCUGUUGCUUGUCUUACAUGGAUCUUGUCUGUUGGCAGCUUAACAGACGUGAGUGACACCCAUAAUUCAGUCCAAACCAUAAUUCAAACAAUUGCUGUUACUUUCCAUUAAAUACAACCACAAAUUCCUUCUUUAAUCUGAAUUGGAACAAAAACGCAUCAGACAUCUGCUCCAGACCCAUGUAUCUAAGGGAUAUAUUUGGACAUAGACAACUUAAUUAAUUACUCAACCCCCCUUAAUGUUUGUAGAAAGGGACUGUAAGAUUCAGUUCAAUUGUAAUUUAGAAAUAACAAAUAAGGUUUGUCAUGUGCAACUUGAAAAUGUGGCAGCAUUUAUCUUUUAUCUUUAUCAUCCACUAAGGUUACUGGUCCUGGUUUAGAGGUAAAAAAAAAGAGAGAAGUUUCCAGCUCUCAAAAAAUGAUCAGAUGAAAAAAUAAAGUACUGCAAUACCUACAGAAACCAUGGCAGGGCACUAAAAGGCAGCAUUAUAAUUCAGACCAAGGGAAGAUUUCACAAUUUGCAAUUGCUAUAAAAAGCUACAACAGUGGGCAAUACCUGAGUGCACCAAAGUCAUGCAAGCCACUUAUUUGGCUUUGUCAAACAACACUGACCUGAUGAAAUAAUGUAUUCAUCAUUAAUUACUGUCAUUUGAAGAUGUGUUGAAAUCCUCCUCAGCUAAAGUCUUCCUCACCCUAAAGUAUUGAAAGGCCUGACAGAAAUUGACCUUUCCAUCUCAGAAAAUAAUCAUCCUUUGUUGCAUCUUAACUCUACGGUGGUGGUUCACAAUGGGGUUCUCUUGUUGAAGCACAAUGCACAAUGCAGUGCAGAGAUGCAUCCCUUAUCAGACUGGUUACCUCAGCUCUUCUACCAUCCUCCUCCAGCCCACAUCCAGCCCUCACAUGCCCCACUAUACUUCCUGGAGUGGGAGUGUGGAAAACCCAAAGAAAUGAAGGGAUGGAUUGUGCCAUGAAUGGCUCACUCUGUGUUAACUUCACCUUUCUUGGCUCGUCUCCACUGGUGUUUCAUUACAAUAAUAGCCUUGCGAGAUCAGAUAAGACAGAUGAUGUGGCAAUUAGACCUGACAAUUCCCCCCAACCUGACUGAUCUACCUUAUGUUGUGCUUUUUCUUUUCACAAGCUGGGUAGCAGGGAAGACAAUGGAAGAGCAAAUGAGAGAAAAAUAAACAAUAAUACAUGCAGCCUGUCAAGAUUUUUGUGUGUGAGAUAUUUGUUCAAUGUUUGCCUGGGACUACAUGAAGACAGAAGUUUUAAGCCAUUUUAUUCUGAUUGAUGUACAGUAAAUACAUAAA